AGGCCUGCGAGAGCCUGGCGGCGCCCGGGAGCCUUUCUGACGGAAGGAGCGGCGCCUGCGGAGGAGGAAGAGCAUGGAGGCGGUGGUGUUCGUCUUCUCCCUGCUUGAUUGCUGCGCGCUCAUCUUCCUCUCAGUCUACUUCAUAAUUACACUGUCUGACUUAGAAUGUGAUUACAUUAAUGCUAGAUCAUGUUGCUCGAAAUUAAACAAGUGGGUAAUUCCAGAAUUGAUUGGCCACACCAUUGUUGCUGUAUUAAUGUUGAUUUCAUUGCACUGGUUCAUCUUUCUUCUCAAUCUACCUGUUGCCACUUGGAAUAUAUAUCGUUUCAUUAUGGUUCCAAGUGGUAACAUGGGAGUGUUUGAUCCGACAGAAAUACAUAAUCGAGGGCAGCUGAAGUCACACAUGAAAGAAGCCAUGAUCAAGCUUGGCUUCCACUUGCUCUGUUUCUUUAUGUAUCUUUACAGUAUGAUUUUAGCUUUGAUAAAUGACUGAAGCUGGAGAGGCUGUGGUUGAAGUCAGCAAUGCACAGUCAAGGAGCCAGAGACUGCUCACAUCAUCCCGAGGACCGUGACCAUAGCAGUAUAUAUUUUCGUCUUUGAACAAAAACUAUUUUUGCUGUAUUUUUACCAUAUAAAGUAUUUAAAAAAUAUGAAUUGAGUUUUUGUAAAUUUCUGGUUCUCAGCUUCAGCCUGAACCCUAACAGAAAGGUGACUUUCAUUAUUUGUUUGUUGAAGAUGGUCAAAUGUGUGUUACCAGGACUGCAAUCCCAGCCUUGCAUGCCAAAGAAAUAAAGGACACACCCUCCAGGGAAAACCUACUGGUGAGCAAAGCUGCCUUUCAAGGCUACUGAAAAGUGGGGGUGCAAAACAGCACAGUUAAUCUGGACAAUGGAAUCAAGUUAAUUACACAUUUUUCCUAUAUUGUGGCAGCUUCAUAUUGCUUCAAGAUCUUUGGUACUGUUAGCUAAGUGUUGUCACAAGAAUGUUAAAACAAUGUGACGUUUCAAAAUAUAUAUUUUUGCAGAAUUUGUGAAACCUUAUAAGCCAUUUGCCCAGGUACAGUGUAAUUCCUGUCUAUAGACAGGAAAAAUAAAUUUAAAAAGCAA